AUGCCUCCUAAAAGUAGAAAACGAGAACUUGGUACAGAACAGGAUGAAGUGACCUCGGUAUUAGAUGCGUUAAAAGCUGGCUCUUCAACUUCUGCUAUGAAGAAACAACAAAAUACCAGUGGACUUACUUGCCAACGUUCCCAAAAGAAUAAAGUAUCACACCACUCCUUUCAUUCUACAUCGGCUUCUUAUGAAAUUACUGAAAGCCCACCUAGAUCUCCACUUAACAAAAUCUUAACCAAUACGUCAGAAAAGUUGUCUGUUGACACUUAUCGUGACGAAGAAAGCAAAACUAUAAAUGCAUUAUUAGAAAUGACUAACAAAAUAUUAAUGCAAAACACUUCUAUUAUGGAGAAACAAGAAGCUCUAGAGUCUACAGUUACAUACCUUGUUAGAGACAUUAAGGCUUUACAAUCUUCACAAGAAAAUUUAAAGUUGAAGGCAAAUGACAAUGAUAAUUGGCUUUAUUCCAAUGAAAGAAUUUAUGAAGAAUCUAUUCAUAAAGAGCUUGAAGAAUUUUGCCCUGAUAAAAUAGAACGGUAUAAAAAAAUUUCCAGAUGGGAAGGAUUGUAUAGCAAGAUUGAAAAUUCGAUCGGUGCAGAAUCAUGCAAGUACCAUGGAGCUUUAUUCGGAUCUUUUCGUCAUGCUGUGUUUGAGAAUGUUUUUAAAAACAAGAUUUCGCCCUCUGUUAAUUCGGAAAGUUCUGAAGCCGAAAUAACUUCUUGGAAAUCAAGUAAAGAGGUACAAUGGUGUUUCGAAAACUUGGACACAAUUAUCAAAGAAGAGAAUAAAACAUAUCUUCAAAUGGUUGCCAAGAAAGUAUUUGGCCGACAACCUACAAAGAACCAAUGUGCAGUAACACGAGCUAUCUUACAUAAUUUGUUCAAUCCCAAAAUUGUCAAAAUUAAAUUCGACGAAAAAUAUUUAACAAGAAAAUUAAAAUCUUUCUUGGUAG